GCGGUGGCGCGGUUCGCGGAAGGCCGGCGCUAUGGGGCCGAGCCGCGUGCGGGCCGUUUUUUUCGACUUGGAUAACACGCUCAUCGACACGGCCGAGGCGAGCAGGAGAGGCAUGCUGGAGGUGAUAAAGCUCUUACAAUCAAAAUACCAUUAUAAAGAAGAGGCUGAAAGCAUCUGUGAUAAAGUUCAGGUUAAACUCAGCAAGGAAUGUUUUCAUCCUUACAACAUGUGCAUUACUGAUCUAAGGACUUCCCAUUGGGAAGAAGCAAUCCAGGAAACAAAAGGUGGUACAGCCAAUAGGAAGUUGGCUGAAGAAUGCUAUUUCCUGUGGAAAUCCACACGUUUACAGCAUAUGACACUAGCGGAAGAUGUCAAAACCAUGCUCACUGAACUGCGAAAGGAGGUCCGCCUACUUUUAUUAACAAAUGGUGACAGACAGACCCAGAGGGAGAAGAUCGAGGCCUGUGCCUGUCAGUCCUAUUUUGACGCUGUUGUUGUAGGAGGAGAGCAGAAAGAGGAGAAGCCAGCGCCUUCCAUAUUCCAUUACUGCUGUGACUUACUGGGAGUGCAGCCUGGGGACUGUGUAAUGGUUGGUGACACAUUAGAAACUGACAUACAAGGAGGCCUCAAUGCAGGGCUGAAAGCAACAGUCUGGAUAAAUAAAAAUAGAAUAGUACCACUGAAGUCGUCCCCCGUCCCACAUUAUAUAGUUUCUUCUGUGUUAGAGUUACCUGCUCUCUUACAAAGUCUAUAACUUCAAAGUCAUUAUGUCAGCUUAAAGCACAUAAAAGAGCAUGAUUACAAAUUUUAGAGUCAAUUUACAGGGCUUGAACUAAGAAAAGUUAAGGCAUUCCAUAUACUGUGGUCUAUUUCUGAAAAUGAUUUUACUUAUCAUUUAAUGGUCGCUAUUGUGAAGGUCCUCCCAGUCCUAUUGCUUUUUAAGUUUUGACAACCAACCAUUGACUGGUACUUAUACCUGAAAAUCCAGAUUGCAUUAAUACAAGUUACUUUUUGUAAUAUAAUCCAGAAAAUUUGAGGAAAUACAUUAUUUGUUAGUCUGUAAAAAUUUUACUGGAGACUUAAAAAUUAUUAAUCUUUUGGUGUAUUGGCUCCAUGAUACCAAGUAAGAUAGCUUACACAUGGACGCACAAAUAUUGAUUUUAUGUUCUGAUUUAAAAAUAGAUUUUUUUAAAAAAUAGAUAUUUUAAAACAUAUAAUAGAGAUUUAUCAGAGCAAUUGGAUCUGGUUAAUAUUAAAUGAGUACUAAGUCAUGCAAAUCAAGGUAUUUCAUAGUGAAAUUAUUUUGCAUAUUUUUUAAAACUCAUAAACCAUUUUUUUGUUGACUUUGGAUG